AUGGCUAGUCCUGCUCUAAGAGAUAUGGUAGAAGAAGAUACGGCAGCGUUAGUAUUCUCAAGAGUUCGAGAAGGCAAAAAUGCUGUUGAUCAGCGAGGUGCACAUGCCGCUAGAGCACCAGAAAGUGCUGAGGAGGAGCAGGAAUUCUCAGAGGUGUUCGUCAAGACACUGAGCUACACCAAUCGCUUCCGAAAGUUCAAGAACAAAGACACAACUGCCACAGUACGUAAUCUGCUGGCACAAAAGAAGCUGCUCAAGUUUGAACUGGCUUCGUUGGCGAACUUGCGUCCGGAGAACCCCGAAGAAGCAAAGUCGCUGAUUACGAGCUUGGAAGGGUGA